UGCGCGUGCGGCAGGUUUUGCGGGGUUACCGCGAGCUGCUGGGGAUGAUGAUGAUGAUGGCGGAGCUGGUGCAGGGACAGGCCUCGGUGGCUCAGCCCGGAAUGAAAGCAGACGGCUUCGCCGACGCUUUUCAUCGGGCCCGACAGAUCGCAGCUAAAAUGGGAGGUGACCAGAUGGCCCACCUGGCCAGCGCCGCACCUGUGGUAGACCCCUCCCUGUACGGCUACGGAGAGCCAAAGCGGGCCGUGGAGGAUGGUGCAGGUAACCAGCUCGGAGCAAUGGUACAUCAAAGGGCUGUGAUCACAGAAGAGUUCAGAGUUCCAGAUAAAAUGGUGGGAUUCAUUAUUGGCCGAGGAGGAGAGCAGAUCACCAGAAUUCAGCUUGAAUCCGGCUGCAAAAUCCAGAUGGCAGCAGACAGCGGGGGCAUGAUGGAGCGGCCGUGCACCUUGACUGGCUCCCCAGAGAGUAUCGGACAGGCCAAGAGGAUUCUGGGACAGAUCGUGGAGCGCUGUCGGAAUGGGCCAGGAUUCCACAGUGAGAUUGACGGGGGCAGCACCAUGGAGAUGCUGAUCCCAGCCAGUAAGGUGGGGCUGGUCAUCGGGAAGGGCGGAGACACCAUCAAACAGCUGCAGGAGAGGACAGGGGUGAAGAUGGUCAUGAUCCAGGACGGCCCCCUGCCCACAGGGGCAGACAAACCCCUGAGAAUCACAGGGGACCCUUACAAAGUGCAGCAAGCACGUGAGCUGGUCAUGGAGGUCCUCCGCGAGAAAGACCAGGGCGAUUUCCGAUUGAGCAGGAGCGACUUCGCCUCUCGGCUGGGCGGCAGCAGCUUGGAUGUGGCUGUGCCGAGAUUUGCGGUGGGAAUCGUGAUUGGCCGAAAUGGUGAGAUGAUUAAGAAGAUACAGCAUGACGCGGGCGUCAGAAUCCAGUUUAAACCAGAUGACGGAAUCAGCCCCGACCGCGUGGCCCAGGUCAUGGGCCCACCUGACAGGUGUCAGCAUGCUGUCCACCUCAUCAACGAGCUGGUUCACACGGCACAGGAGCGCGAUGGUUUUGGGGGAGCGGGAUGUCGGGGGCGGGGCCGAGGCCGGGGGGAGUGGACCCUGGCUACUCCGGGGGGUCUGCAGGAAGUCACCUACACGAUACCUGCGGACAAGUGCGGCCUGGUGAUCGGGAAAGGUGGGGAGACCAUUAAGAGCAUUAACCAGCAAUCCGGGGCGCACGUGGAACUGCAGCGGAACCCGCCCCCCAACACCGACCCCAGCGUGCGCGUCUUCUCCCUUCGUGGGACCCCCCAGCAGAUGGAGCUGGCUCGGCAGCUCAUCGAUGAGAAGAUCGGGGGGUCAGGAAUGGGGGGUAAUGGCAGCUUUGGACUCGGCCCCUUCUCUCAAGGUGCCACCCCCCCUCACCAAAAUGGUCCCCAGACCUUCAUGACGGGAGGCUGGGGAGCGGCCUACCAGACCUGGCAGCCUCAAGGCCAACAAGACCCCAGUCACAGUGGAUCUCAGGCUGGACAGAUGGAGUAUUCCAAAGCAUGGGAGCAGUAUUAUAAAAAGCUAGGCCAGCAGAGUCAAACCCAGAGUGCAGGGCUGGACCACAGCGACAGCUGGGAGAGCUACUACAGGAAGCAGAGCCCGGCUGCAGGCCCCGCCUCCCAGCAGAGCUCCCCCCCAGACUACAGUGCGGCGUGGGCGGAGUACUACAGACAGCAGGGGGCGUACUACGGGCAGGGUGCCCCGCAGACGGCCCCCGGCCUGCAGGAGCAUUAGAAUGGAUGUCCUUUUGUUGAAGAUUUUGGAAUCCCUGAGAGAGUGAGAGCAAACCCUUUAUAAGAGGUUUCUAGAUUUGCAACGCCUUGAAGACUUCCUUUUUUCUCAGUGCAAAACACUAGCAGUAGAAUCACUUGUACAAUUGAUAAAAGUAUAUUUCUAAAUCAGGAACAUUUAAUUGUUACUAAAAUUUGUGAAUACAGUUACAUUUGAAUGGACAAUUUCCGGGGUGUCUUUGGGCUUGAGAGAAACCUAUUUUGUUUCUUUCUUUUUUUAAUUGAUAUUAAAACUACAAAAUGGACCCUGGAGUUGUAACAUUUCAACAAAAUGCAAUAUAAUCUAUUUUUUGUAGUUCUGUUGCAAUAAAGUGGUUAUUAUGGGCUUGGCAGUCUUGAAUACAUUAUUUGGGGGGUUUCUGUGUUGUAAAACCUGCUCUUCGUUCUGAUUUUUACAGAAAACAUUUUUAAUUCUGUGAGAUGAUACUGUGAUAUAUCGUGUUGCGGGAAAGGGUGUGAUUUUGCCACAGGAAAGGGGGUGGUGUGAGCACACAGCGGUGAACUCGCGGAAUUCCUCUCAUGCUUUGCAUCGUGCUACAGUGUCAUUGUAUUGUACUCUGGUAUAAAAAGGUGCAAUAUCUUAUUUCUUUUUUUGAAACAAAGAUGGAUUCUCUAAUAUUUUGACAAAUGUUUAACUGGUAGUUCUUAGAUUUAAAUGGUGUUUUUUUAAGGCAAUUGAAGACGU